CUCUAUUUUCUCACUUGUCAAUGAGUAAACAAUGUCAAUCACUCCAUUCUAUAAAUAGAAUGUUAUAUUGCGAGAAUAUAGAUUCAAUUUUAGUGACACAAAAACUAGUACAAUCUUGAAAUAGAACUUUCCCCGGCCGGUCAAAUAAUUCUUGCUCGGCAUGUAGGUCCUUAUCAGUUCUAUCCGGUUAAAUUUACACAAUCAUACGAUCGAGAGCAAGAUGCAUGGAAUGAAGAAAAAAGAAAUUGGAAAAAAAGAAAAAGAUCUUUGAACAAAUUGAAUCGAAUCAUAUCAACCACCCCUCAACAAGUAGGUUGAUCUUCCCAAUUUCUAAUUGAUUUCUUUCCCAUUUCAAAUUUCCUUAUAAAACCAAUAUAUACCUCCCUCCUCCCGAAUCCCACUACGUGUAGUUUCUUUCUGGCCGGCCGGGUGUGGAAAACAGAAAUUAAUGGCGGCGGCGGCGGCUGCAGCUUCAUAUCCGAAGAACAAUGGCGGCGGUUGGGCGGCAGAGAGGGCGGAAGAAGACGAUGGGUCUUAUUCGUCGCCGCCGCAUGUGCUGGCUGUUGACGACAAUCUCGUUGACCGCAAGAUUGUUGAAAGACUGCUCAAAAGCUCUUCUUGUAAAGUGACAACAGCAGAGAAUGGUUUGAGGGCCUUGGAGUAUUUGGGUUUGGGAGAUGAUCCAAACAACACCCCAAACAUCAAUGGAUCAAAGGUGAAUAUGAUCAUCACAGACUACUGCAUGCCAGAAAUGACAGGCUAUGAGCUGCUCAAGAAAAUCAAGGAAUCAUCAAACAUGAGACACAUCCCUGUUGUCAUAAUGUCAUCUGAAAACAUACCCACUCGGAUCAACCAAUGCAUGGAGGAAGGAGCUCAGAUGUUUAUGCUAAAACCGUUGAAACAGGCAGACGUUAAGAGACUAUUAGGAGGCCAGUUGGCGCAAUAAUAAUAUGAUUGUCAAACAUCAAAUAUUACAUUGUACCUGAUAAACUAUGUUUAUCAUAUGUUGUAAUCUUAGUUAGCAAUCAUUCUUUGAGUUUGCUAAGAAUGAACAUUCAUAUGAAAU